AUGAGCAUCCCAAUAGACGAUAGAAUUGAAGCCAUCCAAAUAGAAGAUCUGAAAGUUGAUACUCUAGCAAGCUACUUUAUAGAUAUGGACGGCAUAGAAGAACUGUGUGAAAGCCUAGUAGAUUUAUACAAAAAAGAACAAACGUCAACACUCGGAGACGAAAAAUAUCUAAGGUUGUUAGAAAGAGAAGCGUACUUGGUAGAAGAUAUUGCUUUAACAGCUAUAAAUUUCAUAUCAACACAUAAGAAAACAAUAAACGUGAUGAAAAAGUGUGCAUCAAAAUGCAAAAUAGAAACAAAACCAGAAAAGAAUAAUUGA